AUGAAGUUUUGUCGGACGUUCAGUUGCUGUGCUAUCAAGUAUGGAAACUUGGUGGCCGAGAUGGUAUGCUGCAAAGAGGUUCAACGCCGAAAUUUUGCAGUUAGGCGCGAAGCAACGCAUCUUCGUAGAGGCAUUACGAGAAACUACGGCCCUGGUGCCGCGUCGAUCCGGUCAGAGUCGGUUAUGUUGAAUGGUAAGAAUGGUAGUUAUGGCCCACAGAGAACCAACUUAUUUGGCGUUGACUCUAAUGUUGGGCUUAAAUGCGCCGCAAAAAUGUGCGACGCACAAUACUGGCUCCUUUAG